GCAGAGGACACUCGUCUCUCUGCAUGUAUUUCAAUUUUCCACUCUCAUCACUUCACUUCAUCUCUUACUCGAUCAGUUAAUCUCCGCUCUAUAAAUUCAGUACCCAUCUACAAUCUCUCCAUAGUCAAACCAAGAAAGCGAGCUUAAUAAGUCUAGAGCAAUAAUGGGUUUCCGGGGAAAGCUUUGUUUAGCCAUUCUGGUCCUCUCUGUUGUGGUUCUGGGUGCUCUGGCGACGAAAGACCCAGAACUUGAGACUUGCAAACACGAGUGCGAGCAACAACACCAAUAUGACAAGAAACAAAAGCAAGAUUGUAAAGAAGAAUGCGAAAGGUAUAGCAAAGAGAAGAAAGAGAGGGAGCGUGAAAGAGAAGGACAUGGAGGCCGUGGUGGUGACAGGGAGGAUGCGGAGGGGAUCAUUGAACGUGAAGAUCCCCAAAAGAAGCACCUGAAGCAGUGCCAGAGCCAGUGUGAGAGGCAAGCGGGACAAGAAAGAGCACUCUGUAGGCUCCGGUGCGCUCAGAAGUAUGGAGGAAAGUCUGAAGGAAGAGGAGAUGAAGAUGUUAGUUACAAAAGGCAGGAAGAAGAGGAGGAAGAGAGAGGAUCAGAGCAAGAAGAGAGGAACCCCUAUGUGUUUGAAGAUGAGCAUUUCAGUUCCGUACAUAAGACGGAGCAUGGCAGAAUCGAUGUCCUACAGAGGUUCAACAAGAGAUCCAAGCUUCUAAAAGGAAUCGAGAACUAUCGAUUUGUCGUUCUUGAGGCCAAUCCUCAAACCUUCAUUACUCCUUGUCACUUGGAUGCUGAAGCUGUGUUAUUUGUCGCAAAGGGAAGAGCAACCGUUUCGAUGAUCCAGGAAGACAAAAGAGAGGGCCAAAUCAAAAGAGAGAGCCAUAAUGUGGAAUGUGGAGAUAUUAUCAGGAUUCCCGCAGGCACUCCAGCUUAUAUAACCAACACGGAUAACAAUGAAAAGCUCACCAUUGUCAAGCUUCUCAUGCCAGUCAAUACUCCUGGUCACUUUGAGGUGUUUCACGGGCUAGGUGGCGAUAACCCGGAAAGCUUUUACAGGGCAUUCAGCAGGGAAGUGCUUGAAGCUGCCUUCAACACUGACUGGAAUAAAAUUGAGAGGGUCUUCAGGCAACAGAGUAAAGGAGCCAUUGUCAAGGCUUCCAGUCAACAAAUCCAAGGUCUGAAGCACCGCGAAGAAGGCGGUAGUAUCUGGCCUUUCGAAAAGGAAUCGAAAGGCUCAUUCAAUCUCUUCAAACAACGCCCAUCAACCUGUAACAACUACGGCCAACUCUUUGAAGCCAGUCCCAGAGAUUACAGGCAGCUUGAAGACCUUGACGUUACUGUCUCUUUUGCAAACAUCACCAGGGGAUCUAUGGCUGGUCCAUACUUCAACUCAAAAUCCACCAAGAUAUCCUUCGUGGUGGACGGCGAGGGACGUUUUGAAAUGGCAUGUCCUCAUGUCUCGUCUUCCGGCUCAAGUGAGAGGGACCGUAGCAAGUCCUCCUCGCGGGGAGGACAAAAGGGAAGUACAAGCUACCAGAGAGUAAGUGCCCGUCUGAGAGCUGGCACCGUGUUUGUAGUACCAGCUGGGCAUCCAAUAACAUCAAUAGCUUCAGCGAACAGCAACCUCCGGAUUCUAUGCUUUGAACUCAAUACAGAAGGCAACACCAGGUAUUUCUUGGCAGGGAAGAACAACGUUGUAAGUGAAAUGGAGAAGGAAGCUAAGGAAUUGGGGUUCAAUGUUCCAGCAGGAGAGGUGGAGAGAGUGUUCCAAAGGCAAGAUAAGGAGCUUUUCUACCCGGGACCGGAGAGUAGAGAGGAGGAGGAACGCCGUGCUUCUGCGUGAGAGAGGAGUUUUGGGUUUUGAGAGAGUAUAUAUAUAUGUAGAUAUACUUGUAACGUGUGUAAUGACUAAAUAAUGGUGCAGGCGCAUGUAAUUAAGCAAGGUGUAUGCUCUGUAAUGGUACGGCUGCUUCUAUAUUUCCGACUUAAAUAAGAGGGGCAGG